AUGUGGUUGACGGAUCUUCAGAAAAUUGGCGUCGCCGCCACCUCGUUUGGAGCGCUGUUCAUGAUGCUGGGGGUGAUCAUGUUCUUUGACGGUGCUUUACUCGCGCUAGGAAACGUUGCGUUCCUCAUUGGAAUCACGCUCAUCAUUGGUCCACAACGCACGUUUUACUUCUUCGCUCGGAAAAACAAGAUACGGGGGACGGUAUGCUUCAUUGGCGGGAUCCUCCUCGUGUUCCUCAAGUGGCCAUUCGUCGGGGUGAUCGUGGAGACUUUUGGGUUCUUGAACUUGUUCGGGGAUUUCUUCCCCGUUAUCAUCACUUUCCUAAGACAGCUGCCCUUCGUUGGCCAGCUAUUAUCGCUGCCUUACAUUCGAGUGGUUGUUGACCGCAUAGCAGGGUCAAAUACGUCGGUAGUAUGA